AUCUGACAACCCAGUUGCAAACAGCUGUUGUUUACAUUUAGUUGUGAAACUUGAAUAUUGGCAAAAAUGUCCACCUUUGUGGUUAAAUUACUUCAACGCUCUCAGCUCUCACAUAGUCAAAUAGACGUAAAGCCGUUUAUAUAUGUCCGAAGCAAAUGGAUGGACGACGACGUGGAGUUUGACAUCCUGACCACUUCUGACAAUCAAAACUACCGGUCAAGUCUAAAAUACGAUGAGUUUCGGAGUGGAGCCAGUGAAUUGGAAAAGGUCUACGAAGCUUUCUUUGCAGAGUGCAAAAGUGCACUUACCACGCACAUGGGACUCCAAGGAUUCGAUUAUGAAAUAUCCCUGGAAGAUGCCGAUAAACCAACCUUCAAAGUGUACAAAUGUGAGGGAUACGAAACGCUGUAUUUGGAUGUUCCGCUUAGAAAAGUGUCCAACUGCUACCAGUUGCUGGAUGCAGCCAUCGAAGCUGGUCAGCAGAAGCCUCAAGCAGCUCCAGCCACCGAAUCCGACGCCCAGACAACCGCAUCCCUGGCUGAAUAUGAAAAGUAUGUGAGGGACAGCAAACUGAAGGAGGAGGAACUUCUCAAGAAAUUCCUGCUACUUUUGAACAGCAAAAAGGCCCACAUUCGGGAUUUAGAGAGUCAGUUGGAAAAGCGAUCCGGGAAGGGAUCAAGGGCAAAGAAUAUUCAAAGGAUUUCUUCUGAUGAAGAGGACGAUGCCUACGGAGCAGCUACUCAAGCCAUGAAUAUAGAUAAUGACUCAGAUUAAGCCCCUUAGUAAUACAAAUAAUUAAACAUUUCGUCUUCGGUAUGUGCUUGAAAUGUAUUUCCAUUUUGUUUUAGUUUUUCUUUUCGAUCGUUCGAUUUUGUAAAAUAAAUUAGCUUUAUAAUGUAUGUAUAUAUGUAUAAAUAAACAACAAAUAGACUUGUAACGUAAUACAUUAAAUUACCAUCAAUAUGUAGACGUGGCUUACAAUUAGACCAACAAAAGAUCGCUUGUAUUUUUUGGAAUAUAAUCAAUAGUUAUCGUUGCUGUCUUUGUAAAAAAUAAAAGCAUUUUACAUAAA